AUGGGCAACCAAACGGACGCUGUCAAACACUCGACGUUCGAGGCAACAUUUGCCGAACGGGCGAAGAAUGCAUCCCAUCCACUUACCAGCUAUCUGCUGCGGCUGAUGGAGCUGAAGCAGUCCAACCUCUGUCUCAGUGCCGACGUGACCUCGGUCCGGGAAUUACUCAACCUAGCCGACAAGAUUGGACCCUCGAUCGUGGUCCUCAAGACACAUUACGACCUCGUUUCAGGAUGGGAUUUUCACCCCGAGACCGGCACCGGCGCAAAACUCGGUGCUUUGGCCAAGAAGCACGGCUUCCUCAUCUUCGAAGACCGCAAAUUUGGAGACAUUGGCAAUACCGUGCAGCUUCAGUACACAGCAGGUACGGCGCGCAUCAUUGACUGGGCGCACAUUGUCAACAUCAACAUGGUCCCCGGCAAGGCUGGCGUGACAGCCCUUUCAGAGGCGGCUGCCAAAUGGCGGUCUCGAGUCAACUACCAGGUCCGGACAUCUGUCAGUGUCGGUACACCCUUGUCUGAACAAUUCGACGACGCCGAGGAGAGCGCCGAAGUGCAGGCGGAGAGGAGGGAAAGCCUCUCGCCGUUGGAGGCUCCGUCGUCAGGAUUCUACCGAGAGCAGGACGGUCGAAAAGGUAGCAUCGUGUCCGUGACGACAGUCACCCAGUCGUUUGAGCCGGUUGAUUCACCACGUUUCCCCACCGGCACCGCGCAGGGAGACGAGCUGUUCUAUGCUGGAAUCGAGGAGCCUCCUUUCGAGCGCGGCUUGCUCAUUCUCGCGCAGAUGUCGAGCAAAGGCAACUUCAUGAACGCCGAGUACACGCAGGCAUGUGUCGAGGCUGCACGAGAGAACAAGGACUUUGUCAUGGGUUUCAUCUCACAAGAGACUCUCAACACCGAGUCAAGCGACAGCUUCGUCUGCAUGACUCCUGGUUGCCAAUUGCCACCCGAAGGCCAAGAAGAGAACGGUAUUGUGGACGGCGAUGGUCUGGGACAGCAGUACAACACCCCCACGAAAUUGGUGGGAUUGUGCGGCACCGAUAUCAUCAUCGUCGGCCGUGGUAUAAUCAAGGCGAGCUCUCCGCAAGCUGAGGCUGAGAGAUAUAGGAACAGGGCCUGGAAAGCUUGCGACCGCGGACUGCCAUGCGCCAACUGCAUCUCGCGCGGCAAGGAGAGCUCGUGCCGCUACGAGACGGGGAAGCCCGUUGCUCGAGCACACACCGGACCUUCUGGUGAAAGGCCACCUGAAGGCACGAGCCGCACGGAACGGGUCGUCGAUCUGGGCUACACUCAUCAGAAUGGUGCCUCGACUCUGGACGUUUUGAGGAGGAUCGACAAUGCCUCGGAUGGCGAACGCCUCGCAAGCCUGGCCGCCGAGCAAGGGACCAGUAGCGCUGGUCGGUACAAGGCGCUGAUACGCCAGUUGCCGGCCCGGACCUAUGUCGAAGACCUUGUCGGUUUCUACUUCCAAGACAUCAACUGGCAGUACUUUGGCAUCAUCUUCCGCGAGCUCAUGGCAAAGUGGUACAGCGUGCCCUUUGCCGUCUUCGCCAAUGGCCUUGAACCUAUGCUCCGAGAGUUCCCCGCGCUCGUGUUUGAAAUGUCUGCUUACCUCUUUGAGAAGUUUGAAUCGCUCAAGUACGCCGACAUGACCUUUGACGAUCUGGCCAUGGACUACAGCGAGUCCGGCGCUGCAAUACUGUCGCUUCUGGGCAAGCGGCAGAUGACACUGAUAGCACCGCUUGCUGGCUGGUUUCUCAAGAACUGCGGCAUGUCGUGGCACCAGCUUGGUUCAGCUAUUCGCGAUGCUCAGGAAAUUGGCAUGCAUCGGGACGAGAAGGACCCUCAUCCUGGUCCCCACGAUACGAUUGAAGAGAGCCUCGAAAAGCGAAUUUGGAUCACUCUGCUGUCUUGGGAUAUCCACAUGGGCUCUGUCCUCGGACGCACUCCUCAGUGCGAUCUUGGCACCGUGAGCGUGACGCUGCCCGUGGACGUAAUGCCGAGCACAGAAGGCCGUAGGAUGCCCUUGAUUCCGCGCCCGGAUGACACACCGCCCACGCCACUGACACGAUCAAUCUGGUCGUUCAAGCUUAUACAGCCACUCCGCGACAUCAUCGGAUUGGAGAAGCAGGGCCCAUUUCCCAAAGACUUCUCCCAUCGGUCACUGCAGGAGAUGGAGGCACAGAUCCCUGCCCCGCUCCGAAUGCACAAUCCUGAUACGAGAUUUGACCAUCUGCCAGAGUGCCGGUGGUUACCAUUGACGCGGCCGACUCUGCCACAGACACUGCACUUUGGCAAACUCGCGCUGCAUCGGCCAUACAUCUUCACCCGGGCCAGCAGCCGACUGGAAGCACUGAAGGCCAGUUUUGGCAUGUUAGAGGCCCAGAAGCAGUAUUUUGCCGUCCUCAACCCGAGUCACCACCGCAUGUUUUCGCUGUUCUACGGGACAUUCGACGCGCAUACCGAAAUGUUCGACGAGGCCUUGCAACAUUUCGAAUGGGCCAGCGACCGAUUCGAGAAAAUGGCCGGCCGGAAUCAGCUUGCCCGUUCGGCGACGAGCGUGCUCAACACGCUCCACAUGCGACUGAAGCAUGAGCCAACGCCUGCACCUAACUCGGAGGUGUCAUCAUCGUCAGCGAGCAGUGGAUUGACUAGUAGCGCCAGCUCCAACACGAGCCUCACGCCGGGCAGUUCCAUCAGUAAUAUCGGAGGGAAGGGGCCACUGAGAGAAUCUGGAGCAGAUGGCCAGAACGGGGGAAGCGUGGCCAACGGCGGCAGUCAUGACAUUGGAACCGGAUUCGACAUUUUUGGCAGCACAGACUGGUCUCUGCCAGCAGACUUCGAUCUUGGGUCGAUCAUUCCAAUGUAUCCCAUUGGAGAUCUUGCUAUGAACGAUCUGACUGGUUUCUUCGGCGACACCGGAAGCCAUACGACAUCAAUGGGCUGGGCUGCCACUGGGCCCGCCGGCGCUGAUCUGCUCGCCUUCGACCAACCACAACAGAUUCCGACGAAUGGCACACAUUCCACCAUAGAGAAUGGCGGUUCAAGCGCACCCAAUGUCGUGUCCAACAUAAUAAGUGGGAACUACGAGACGGGCAUUUCGGGACACCCAGCCCAGGGUCGAUACCAGUCCCAGUCCGGGAACGGAGACGCUCCCUGGCAGUUUGGCGGUGAUUUUGGGAAUGACACUGUUUGGAACUUGUUCAAUCAGAUUCCGUGGCCGGCGAAUUCUGCGUCGUCUACGACAUCUUGA